AUGGCUAACAUUGUGACCGUCAACAAAAAGACUACGAAGCAUACCUUCUCUUGCAGUUUCUACCGUGAGGAUAUAACACCUUUGGUUCGGUUGAGCACCCGAGUUACUGGGCAAAAUUUGGAUGAAUUCAGAAAGACUUAUGGCCACAUUCUGCUUAUGUUAACUACUCGUAUUGAUGAGUGGGGUCUCUACACUCUUCUUCAGUUUUAUGAUUCUGAGUUGCGCUGCUUUACCUUUCAAGAUUACCAACUAGCCCCUACCCUCGAAGAGUAUGCACACAUUCUUCAAAUCAAAGUUCAACAUAAGGAUAACUGGAAGCCUAAUGGUGGGACCCAUGGAUUCUAUGUGAAAUUUCUGAUGAGGGAAGCUGAAACCCUUGCUGAUAAGGAAAAGUGGAAAGAAUUCAAUGCUCUCCUGGCCGUCAUGAUCUAUGGAUUAGUGAUGUUCCCGAAUAUUCCAAAUUUUGUUGAUCUCACUGCCAUUUGUCUCUUCAUGGAUCAAAAUCCUGAACCCACUCUGUUGGCCGACACUUAUUAUGCCAUCCAUUCUAGGUAUGGAAAAAAAGGAUCAGUUGGGGGUUGUUUGCCAAUACUGUACGAAUGGUUUUCUUCACAUUUGCCUAAAAGCGGAGCAUUUGUCACUACAAGAGAUUCACAGAAGUGGCCCCAAAGGAUUAUGGGACUUACUGCAAAUGAUAUUGUUUGGUAUCACCUCCGAACGGACAUCGAGCAAGUUAUAACCAGAUGUGGCAGUUUUGGCAAUGUUCCUCUCAUAGGGACAAAAGGAGUUAUCAACUAUAAUCCGAAGUUAGCACUGCGCCAGUUGGGUUUUGUACUGAAGGACAAGCCGUUGGAUAAAGAGAUAUUUGAGUCCGUUUGCUUUGAAAAAGGAACCGAUCCGGAUGGUUUGGAGAAAGUAAGGAGUGCGUGGAACAAAAUUCAUACAGAAGACCGAACUACCUUGGGGGGAAAGAAUGCUAUUGCUAAGAAAGCUUAUACUGAAUGGGUUGAAGAAAGAGUUAAGGAGCGUCUGUUGCCUUUCCCGAAGGUUAGCCCUCUCUAUGAACAACCACCUGAGAUUUUAACUGCCACUGUACCAGCUGAGGAGUACAACCAAGUACAUGUGGAGAAUAUCAGGUUGCGAGAAAAAGGGGAAGACGCUAAAAUAAAGUACUUCUUGGUGGAUCAGAAAAGGGCUGAAUUAGCACAUGAGAGGGUAGCAAUCAAGAAGAAGCUCAAAAAGGAAAUUACUCAAAGGAUAGCCGUGGAGACACAACUUAAAGGUAGUCAUCUCCGUUCCGCUCGACUAACAGAAGAGAAUGCAAAGCUCAGAAACCAGAUAGCAGAAAUGGAAAGUACAUCUGAAAAGAAUACCCUCCCUGAUUGCAAAGGAUGUGAGAGCUUGGUGGCCCACUGUGAUAUGUUAGAUGGGCAGUUGUUUCGCAAAGAUGUGGUGAUUCAAAGUUUUGUCAAGGGAAGAGAUCGAGAAGUGACCAAGAAGAUGUUUGAUGAAACUAAGAAGUGGAGCGACGAGCACUUUAAACAAGGAGGACCUUUGUUUUACACCGAGAUGGAUUAG